GAGUGCUACUUCUGCGAUCGUGAGUUCAACUCAUGGAACGCACUGCGGCAGCACAAAGACACCCUCGAGCAUUGGGAGUGCGAAACGUGUGACCAACUUUUCGGAAGUCAAUACACAGCCAAUGCACACAUGACUUCACUAUACCAUUGGGGGACCGCCGUCGAGUGCGAUAAAUGUGAUCGAACCUUCAACACAUGGAAAGCCUGCAAGCGGCACAUGACAAAGUUUGGUCAUUGGUUUACUGACGUUUGUGAUACCUGCGACAGACGUUUUGUCGACAGAAUCGCCGUGGAACAGCACAUGCUUGCCGUCGGGCACAAAGCACAACACCGAUCGCAAAUCACCAACUGUCCCUUCUGUCGCCUUGGCUUCUACGCUGUAUCCAAAAUCCUGCAACACCUAGAAGCUACAUCUUGUCGCGCACGUCCAGACCUGAACCGCGGCAACAUCUACCAUCAUAUUCAUGGAUAUGACACGGGUGCCUAUAUCACUGAAUCAUUUUCGGACAGUAAUGUAUCUGUUCCGGAGAAUGAAGAGUCUCUGUAUCAUUGCCCGAGCAUGACCGGAAAGUGUCAAGGCAAGCGUUUGCGCUCUUUCGCCGCACUUUACGCGCACUUGGAGAGC